AUGAAGCUGGAAACGUUCCUGAAGCUUCUGCCUUGCGUCGUGUUUUUCCUUCCUUACGCACUGCGCGCACAGACAGCGCUCCCUCCUGAAUGUGCGCCGGGGGGGCACUCCAUCCUGCAGAACCCCUACCGCAGCGCCACCUUCAGCUCCAGCUGGCUGCAGCAGUCUGCCCUGCAGGACUUCAUCUGCGACCACUCCCUCACUCCGGGCUGGUACCAGUUUCAGAUCUUUGACAAGCCGGCCAGCAUGCCCACCCAGUGCGUGGAGGUGAACCACUGUGGGACCCAGGCCCCGGUGUGGCUCUCCCUGCGUGACGGCGAGUCCCUGCCCGGGCCGCUGGAGCUCCGGCAGCUGACGGCCUGCGCCGCCUGGCAGUUCUUCCCGAGCAGCAGCAAAGACUGCUGCCUGUUCCGCAUCCCGGUGACGGUGCGUCACUGUGGAGACUUCUACGUCUACCUGCUGCAGCCCACACAGGGCUGCAUGGGAUACUGCGCUCAAGAGACGUCAGACACUUCACCCACGGCGUCGCUGACCUGUGACCCCGGCGAGCUGGACGUGGGCGGAGCAUGUCACACCGAGCAGCCUCCCUCUCCCUCAGUUCCUGUGAUCGUGUCGGAGGUCAGCGGUAACUCUGUUUACCUCAAGUGCAGCUUCGACAGCAGCUCCAGCAGCUCCCUGGGCUUCGUGGUGGCCUGGUCCCGUCUGUCCCCUGAGGGCAGGAAGGACGAGCUGAAGCAGGAGACCACCAUCCAGACCUCGGCCUUCAUCGAGCUGGACGGGUUCAACCUCCGCCUGGGGGACAAGAUUUAUUGCUCCUGUUCCAGUUUCUUCUUGGAGUCUCCGGACGUCCGCGGAGCUUCAGUGGAAAGUCGGGAGUUCUUUGCUGGGAUUAGGCUGAUACCGGAGGUGAGCGUGGUGUCUGAGGAUGGGAAGCUGUACGAGCUGCUGGUGGAGAGCACGGUUCCUGUCCCGUGUGUGGGGGGGGCGUCCUCCACUUCCCAGCAGUGCGCUCUGCGGCUGCAGCUCAGCUCCAGCAGCCAAGAUGGGGGGUUGCUGGGUGCCGAUGUGUCCCUGUCCUCCUGUGUGGUGGAUCUGACCCGUGGCCCCUGCAGAGUCGGGGUUUGUAGCCGAGCUCGGAUCCACUUCAGCCCCAUCACGGACUUUGUCAAAGACGGAAACAGGACGACUCAGAUCUCCGUGAAACCCAUCGUCACGCAGAACUUCCUGUGGAGCGGAUACUCGCCGGAACCCGUUGAGAUCACGGUGAAGGACGUCCCCUCGGCCUACUGCUACUCCUUCACUGAUCCUCACAUGAUCACAUUUGAUGGCAGAUACUACGAGAGCUCCCAGAUCGGCACCUUCGUCCUGUACAAGAGCGGCUUGUGGCCGUUCGAGGUGCACGUGCGUCAGUGGGAGUGCGGCAGCGUGGUGCACGCCGCCUCCUGCGUGUGCGGCUUCGUGGCGAGGGACGGCGGAGACGUCAUCGCCUUUGACAUGUGCAACGGAGAACUGGGGGAAACCAAACCACAUCUGUCCGUGAAGAACCGAGACCUGAGCAAGAGCGGCAUCCGCAUCACGGAGUCCUACCAGGGACGGAAAGUCACGAUGACCUUCUCCUCUGGAGCGUUUGUCCGUGCAGACGUGUCCGACUGGGGGAUGAGUCUGACAGUCAGAGCCCCCGGGUCCGACCGGGGUCACACUGAGGGUCUCUGUGGGACCUACGAUGGACAGUCGGACAACGACUUCCACGCAGCAGGGGGCGCCACACUGAGGGAUGUGCACGCUUUCAUCUCCGAAUGGAGACUCCCUCCAGGAAGCAGCCUGUUUGACACGCUGCCGUCCCACCUGAGCGCCCCGAGCCCCCGCAGGUCCUGCACCUGUCAGGCCGAGCCGCGCCCGGCGUCCUCCAGAGCUCGGCUGCAGACCCUCACCGCCUCGGACCCCACCUGCUCCCAUCACGGCAACGUGCACGUCCUCAGCGUCAUCCCCACGCUGGACGUCACGGCCGAGUACAUCGGCUCAGUGGAGCUGCUCAAAGGCAACGAGAGGCAGAUGCUUCCUCCGGGUCAACAAGCCCACGAUCACCGUAUCGGCUCCGAGAGUCAGCAGCUCAGAGGGCGGCGGCAGGCCCACCGGUACGUUCCCAGCUCCCCUCACCAAAGCCUCAGCCAGUCGGACUUGGAGGGAUUCACCUACUUCUUCCCUGAAGACCACGAACCAGCAGCUCACCUGGACUCUUCCCCAACGUGGCCGACGCCGUCUGGCCUCACCGAGCCUCAGGCCCGGGCCCAGUGCCAGAGAGCUGUGGCUCAAUCCAGCAUCGUGAUAGGCUGCGGCCGCCUGAUAGAAAGGUCCCUGAUGGACCACGUGGUGGUCAUGUGCGUCAGCGACCUGCAGCUGAAGGACGAGCCGUCGUGGCUGAACGCGACGCUACCGCUGCUGGAGAACGAGUGCGAGAGGAGGCUGGUGGAGGAGAAGAGGAGAGAGAAGGAGCACCAGGAGGUUCUGGCCGCCCUCAAGUGUCCCGGUCUGUGCAAUGGGAACGGACAGUGCUCGGAAUGGGGUUGUGUUUGCUUCCCAGGAUUUGGGUCCUACGACUGCAGUGUGCUGUCUGACCAGAUCCCAGAGAUCACGGAGCUGGAGAAGGAGGGUCUGUGUGAUGUGCGACAGGGCGACUGCUCCACGGUGCAGGUCUACGGUCACGGCUUCAAGGACUCGUACGAGCUCAAGUGUGAGUUUGUUCAAGAAAAGUUUGUGGAUGGAGACUGGAUCCUGGACGAGCCCCAUUUCAUCCUGGCCACCUUCCUGGAUGUGACGGCCCUGGAGUGUGCACUCCCCCUGGAGGUCAACGGACACCUCGCAGGCCUGGACCAGGAAACGGAGAUGAACCGACCUCUCGCCCGCUGGCAGAUCAAAGUGUCCAACGACGGCUACAGCUACAGCAACGCUAAGAUCCUGACUCUGUACGACGGAGCCUGUCACAUCUGCAGCCUGAACUCGGAAGUCCUCUGCACCCUGAGGGAGAAAACCUGCAACAUUGAGGGCCUGUGUUACAGCGAGGGCGAGUCCAACCCCAGCAGCCCGUGCCUCACAUGCCGGCCCGACUCCUCCAAACACACAUGGUCCAUAGCAGAGAAGAACAAGCCUCCGGUGCUGCAGCCGCCACCGUUUCCUCUUCGCUCAUUCCAGGGUGAGAACUUCAUCUACCAGCUCCGAGCUCAGGACUCCGAGGGCUUCAGCUUCAGCCUGAUAUCAGGUCCUGAGGGAGCGUCUCUGUCCCCAGCUGGUCUGCUGAUGUGGAAGUCCUCAGCUGAGACCUCUGGCACACGGACCUUCUACUUCUCUAUGAUGGACGACUGUGACGCGGAGACCACAGCGUCUGUGCAGGUGUCUGUGCGAUCCUGUGAUUGUCUCAACGGAGCUUCCUGCGUUUCCAAAGUCAACCUCCCUGUCGGCAGCGGAGAAUACGUGUGUGUGUGUCCCAGUGGAUUCAGAGGGGAAAGGUGUGAGGUGGAUAUCGAUGAUUGUAAACCGAACCCCUGCAGACUGGGUCGCUGCAUCGACGGACCGGACUCCUUCUCCUGUGUCUGCCCACCGGGGAUGACAGGCCGUACGUGCAGAGAAGAUCUGGACGAGUGCGUCUCUCGGCCGUGUUUCCCUGGAACGAGCUGUAACAACACGCUGGGCUCCUUCGUCUGUGGCAUCUGUCCACAGGGAUUCACCGGGGAUGGAAGAAACUGCUCUCGUAACGCUGAGUCCACGGCGAAGGUUGUAAACACACAAUCAAGAGUCCCGCAGGUUUUCCUGAGGCCCAAACCCUCGGGUCCGUCUCCGUGCAGCAGGUCGCCGUGUCACCCGGGGGUGCAGUGCUUCGACAGCACCCACGUCUCCGCAGGGUUCGCCUGUGGACCCUGCCCAACGGGUUUCCAUGGAAACGGACGAACGUGUACAGCAACAGGUCAGGGAACAUCCUCCUCCUCCUCUUCAUCAUCUCCCACCUCAGCCAGACGACCCUCAGACAGGAGGUUCAGACCAGAAGCCACCAUCUCCACCGUCAGGAGAGUUUCUGCCACCGACCGGAGGACGACAGCGACUCCACAGAAUCAAACUGGAGCAGGAGUGUUUGUCUCCACUGUCCUCAGAGGUCAGCCCAGUGGGGGGGAGCUGACCCCCGCCCUCACCGCCGGGGUCAAGUGGGGGAAACCGUCUCACCGCGUGACCUGCGCCGACGCUCCCUGCUUCCCGGGUGUCCCCUGUGAGCCCAGCGCCACCGGGUCCUUCAGGUGCGGACGCUGCCCGUACGGUUUCACUGGGGAUGGAGUCGUGUGUAAAGCCGUGUGCAGGUAUCAGUGUGGGAGGAACAUGGAGUGCUCUCUGCCCAACACCUGCACCUGUAAGGAAGGUUACACCGGAUACAACUGUCACAUAGCCGUGUGUCGUCCUGACUGCAGGAACCAGGGGAAAUGUGUGAGACCCAACGUGUGUGAAUGUCCUGCAGGCUACAGUGGACCCACCUGUGAGGGAGCGAGCUGCGAGCCGACCUGUCAGCACGGAGGAACCUGUCUGGCCAGAAACCUGUGCACCUGCUCCUACGGCUUCGUGGGACCACGAUGUGAAAUCAUGGUGUGUAACAGGCACUGUGAGAACGGAGGCGAGUGUGUGUCUCCUGACGUCUGUCGAUGUAAACCCGGCUGGAACGGACCGACGUGUAACUCAGCUCUGUGUCGCCCCGUGUGUCUGAACGGAGGAACCUGCAUCAAGCCCGACUCCUGUGCUUGUCCCAGCGGCUUCUACGGCUCCCAGUGUCAGAUCGCCGUGUGUAAUCCUCCUUGUAAGAACGGGGGUCAGUGCAUGAGGAACAACGUGUGCUCCUGUCCCGAGGGCUACACGGGGAAGAGGUGUCAAAAGAGUGUGUGUGAGCCCAUGUGCAUGAACAAAGGAAAGUGUGUGGGACCCAACACGUGCUCCUGUGCAUCCGGAUGGAGAGGCAGCAGGUGCAACAUACCCGUGUGCCUGCAAAAGUGUAAAAAUGGCGGCGAGUGUGUUGGACCCAACACCUGCCACUGUCCCCUCGGCUGGGAAGGCCUGCAGUGUCAGACCCCGAUCUGUAAGCAGCGCUGCCUGAACGGAGGGAGGUGUGUCCUACCAGAUUACUGCCACUGCCGUAAAGGCUUCAAAGGUCAAACCUGCACAGUGAAGGUCAGUGGGAGGCGACCUUCAUGUAAUCUGACUCAGUGA